CUCCUGGUAUACGGAGGUGGUUUGCCGUUCUAGCGCUGGUUGACCGCAGAUCUUGGUUAUACGCUUAUGAUAUACAAAUCAGUCGUUUUACGUUGCAGAGUUCGCUAGCCCCGCUAACCGGUUCACGCUACCGAUUGUGAUACCACAAGCUAUCCCUCAGUGUUGGAAGUAGCUGCCAACAAGAAAAAUAAAGCGAGGAGACGAAAGCCACAGCAGAACACGUUAAACGUAGCAAAGCAGUUAUGGUUUGUUUUAUGACAAAGCAAUUCUGAAAGGAAAGACGGAUAUUUAGUGAUUUAAAAAAAUAAAAUAAUAAUAAAAUAAAAACACACAUUCAUGGAUAUUUAGUGAUGGUGGUUUAUACGUACGUGGUCGACCUUGCACAGUAAGCUUUCCGGUUAGUACAACGUCGUGUCCGAAAUAAUUGAUCUGAUCAGCUGUGCUGUGCGGCUGAUAAAUCAACAACAAAAAGAACGACAGGCUCUCACGGGACACAAUAAAACCCAGCGUAAGACUUUGUCGACGCUCUCGUAAACAUCCCGAGGAAAUUCACAGCCUCCAUGAAAGUGGACCAAGACAUUGGGGCGUUUGGGCAGUGAUUUCUACCAUAAAAUAUCAUAAAUAACUAAAUAAAUACAUAUAUAAAAGGUAACUUUGCCCUCUCCUAAAGAUAUAGCUUAUUGGCAAUGGCAGGCUUCAGAAGGCUCUACGUGGGGAUAUUUUGCUAUGUCUUGUGCAUUACGCUGGUCAGUGAUGGGAGCCAGAGUGUGGGGAACGUGGAACAACAAGAGAUCACCUGGGGAAAGCCGAACACGGACACGGCCAGGUUCGACGACGACAACCCCCUCAACGUCACAGCCAUGGUUGGCCAGCAGGCUAUCUUGCCCUGCACCGUCAUCAAUCUGGAUAAAAAAGAUGUCUCGUGGAUUCGACAGCGUGAUCUACACAUCCUAACUGUGAACAUUUUCACCUACACGACAGACGACCGGUUUAAGGUCUACCACCCGGAGGACAGCGAUGACUGGCACCUGGAAAUCAAUCCAGUCACUUUCCGGGAUGCUGGAGUUUACGAGUGCCAAGUUUCCACCAGCCCCAAGAUAUUCCUGCCUAUACAGCUCUCUGUUGACGUUCAGCAAGCGAGGAUCAGUGGUCCCAGGGAGGUGUUCAUACAGAACAGCUCGACCAUCAAGCUCACCUGCGUCGUCAACACCCACUCGGAGAAUGUCGGAGCCGUUUCUUGGUACAGAGACAACGCAGAACUCGAUUACGACUCUCCCAGAGGAGGCGUAAGCAUAGAGAUCGAGAAAACGCCCGUCCGCACGACUUCGAAGCUCUUCCUGACCAGAGCAGGCAAGAAUGACUCCGGGAACUACUCCUGCGUCCCUCAGUUCGCCGACUCAGCAUCCGUUCUCGUGCACGUCGUCAACGGGGAGGAAUCUGCCGCCGUGUAUAAGGCCAGAUCGUCUUGCGUCACUUGUGACCCCAGAGUCAUAUUAGGAAUCAUUCUGCUAAUGACCUUGAUGUCAUUUCUGUGGUGCCCAUGAGACAUUGGGACUCAUAACGAAGGAUGAUAGAAGUUCGUUGGCCUGCAGUUUUGUCAAUUGUAAACACAUCCUUAUCGCCGUGGCAACUCUACACGAAAACUACCCUUUUAAAUAUGACUAAAUUUCUGGUGGGAAGGGGGCCAUCAUGGUGUUUAGCUACCGCCUACAGUGUGCUUGACGAGGCGCACUGCAGAUGUUAUCAGCAGAUGUGUGCAACGCCCUUCAGCCUCGAGCUGCAGUACUCUCUAUCUUUUACUUCUCCUUCGUUCCCUUUGGUCUUUUCCCUCUUAGCUGUCCAACUUCCUUAACUUCAUCUCAUUCUAGAACUAAUCCACCGAGAAUCUAGAAAUGGGACCUUUAAGUGUUGGUUGGUUGAUGGUUGGUGUAACGAAGCCGCCUUGCGCCAAAAUGGGCCUUUCUUGGAAGGCGGUUUUUAUGUGUAGUAAGGUGUUAAGUGUUAAAGGAUGUCAGAGGCCUGGUGUGGAGCUCUGGACUCUGCUCUAUCAACCGGGACGAACACAUUUGGGUAUCAUUACACUACUUUACAAUAAUGACAACAAUGUAAGAAGGGGCUCAGUACCUGCAGCGUCAUUCCAUUCACUUCCCCAACAAUCUGUCAUGAGCCUCUCUCGGGAGAGCAACCUUUCCGUUCCUGGUUACUGAUACUGACGUCAAGGAACACGACAUCUUCGGCGGUUACAAGGUUUUCAGCUCGUCACAUACUGCAUCUUGUGAAAUGUCUGUCAUUCCACUGUUCCCUUUAGAAAAAGAAACAUCGGAAACAGGUAUCUUGAGGGAUUCAUGGAAGCUGUUUUCAUAUUGGCGGUUAAUCUGGCUGGUGGGAAGGUCGCAAUUGAGGAAAUGGAAGAGAGAUGUGGUGUUCGGUGGCUUCUGAAUAGACUGAGACCUCAAAAAAUGCGAUGGUUUGGACAUGUGAUAAGCAAUUAUGAACAUCAGUUAGCCAGAGAUGUAGAAGAUAAUAUUAUGUAACAGAACGAAGAAUAAAGGAGGUAUAUGACGACCUGGAGGAAAUAGAAAUUUUGGCAGAAAGUGCACAAGACAGGCGACAAUGGAAACACCUCAAUUUGGGCCUCACCCCAGAAGAGAAAAUAUGACAAAAACAGCUAGUGAAGAUGACAGAGCAACGAAUGAAUUUUGUCAUGUGUUGCUUGGGAUUCAGAAAAAAGUUCAUUUUCUUACGUUCGAAUAAAUGUUUGUCUGAAUAAACUUAAAUUUCUAGGUAAUGUCUGUAGCUAGAGGAGACUAAAUUCAGUCAUAACAUGUCAGGAAAUAAGAA